UAUAGGGAAAAGUUUGAAGACUCUUAUGUCCAAAGGAAUCUUACAGGUACAUCCUCCAAUCUGUGAUUGCCCUGGGUGUCGAAUUUCGUCUCCAGUGAACCGGGGCCGCCUGGCAGAGAAGAGGACGAUCCCCCUGCCCCCCACCAGGGUCCCCAAGAAAGAGCUGAGCUCCAUCUUCUCUCACAGCGAGGACAGCGAGGAGAGCGACAAGAGCAAUGGGCAGCCCCCCGAAGUGAAGCAGGAGGAGGAUCUGCACAUCAGUAUCAUGAAAAGAAGGAUCCACACCCACUGGGAUCUGAACAUCUCCUUCCGAGAGACCUCUUGCAGCCGCGACAGCGACCUCUCCACCAUCAUCUCCAACCUGCACCAGAGCCGCCAGCUCGUUAUGCCAGAGAGCCAGAGCCGCUGUGAGUUCAAGAGGAACAGCCUGGACGUGGGGCUGGCAGCAGCAGAUGAAAUUUUAGGCAAGAGAAGAGUAUGUUCUCCCAACAGCAGCAGUGAGUGUCCUUUAGAGAGCAAGAAAGCCCGAAGUGAGUCCCCAAAGGAAAACUCGCACACGCCGGUGCUGGAGGAGGCGGUGGCGCAGAUGACCCCGGAGGAGCACUACAGGCGCAUGAUGUCGGCCCUGAACGAGCACGGCGCCUUCGAGGAGCAGCAGCAGCAGCGCCUGUACCAGCUGGCCAACAGCAUGGCAGUGCCCAGCCACGGAGGUAGGGCUGGCCACGGGCACAGCGGCUCUGCUGCNGCGCGGACCCCGGGCGCGAUGGAAGCGCACAUCCCCUCGGCCAGCAACUCGUCCAGCCAGCGCAGGAAGCAGGGCCUCCCCCAGCACAGGGACAGCCACUUCCCCGACAGGGAGAUAUCCCACCCACCGCCUCUGCUGUCGCCCCAGAACGCUCCCCACAUCGCCCUGGGGCCCCACUUGAGACCUCCCUUCCUCGGGGUGCCUUCGGCGCUGUGCCAGACGCCAGGUUACGGGUUCCUCCAGCCGGCACAGGCGGAGAUGUUUGCACGGCAGCAGGAGAUGCUACGCAAGCAAAACCUGGCCAGGAGAAAAAUAUUCAGAUUGCAGGCUGGUUGUUGUCUGUGUGGGAUUUUAAUGAUUUAUGUUCCUUUCUCCUCCCCUCCCUCCAACCCCCCGACUCCAAACAAUCCAGGCACCAUGGGAGGUCUGUUUCUGGAUGGGGAGGAGAGCCCAGCGCUGGAAGACAUCAGCAAAUGGACAGUGGAGGACGUUUGCAGCUUCGUGUCCAACUUGUCUGGCUGCACUGAGUACACUCAGGUAUUCCGAGAGCAGGCCAUCGACGGGGAGACCCUGCCCCUCCUGACAGAAGAGCACUUGCUGAACAACAUGGGGCUGAAGCUGGGACCUGCCCUGAAGAUCAGGUCACAGGUGGCCAAGAGGCUGGGCCGGGUGCUGUACAUGGCCGGCUUCCCGCUGGCGCUGCCGCUGCAGCCGCCGGGGCUGCGGCCCCCGGAGCGGGAGGUGGCCCCGGGCGAGCUCCGCCCGGCCUCCACCGGCAGCGUGGCCUCGCCCUUCGGCAGCGCCGUCCCGGCCAGCCGCGGCUCCCCCAAGCAGGAGAACGGGAACCCUUCCCUGCUCGGCGACACCACCAAAGCUCCGUCCUAACUGCGGCCGCGCCCGGAGCAGGGAACGCCAGGAAAGGGCGGCGCCGCCUCCCGCAGCAGCGCCCGCUCCCCAGGAAGAAGGGAGGCUUUGCUUUUUAGUUUUUGGAUGCAUUUGCUUUUUUUUUUUUUUUUUUUUUUUU